AGUUCCUGAAACUUCUUAUGUUGGCUAUGGUGAAAGAAUGAUUCUAGCUAAAGAUGUACCAGCAUAUGCUCGAAAUUUACUUGAAAUAUUUUAUCGUUAUAGUCCUAAAAGUUGGGCAGAUGCUAAGAAAUAUCAAUUACGAGAUAGAUUAUAUAAUCACGUUUUAAAUUUAUUAGGACAACAAGGAUACAGAGUAAUCAAUA